UCCCCUUGUGCCGGUGACCUUCACACUUUCUAACGGGAUUUAUUCUGUUUGUUAUUUGAAUAUCGGAUUAUCGAGAUAAACUGCUGAUACAGCAAUCCAGGUCAUCCCGAACAAAUCGCGUUUUUUUUAAUCAUACUAUUGUACGAUGGAGGAUAUCUUGUGGUAGAUUAAAAAGACGCAAAUGCGAUGCAACUGUAUUACCGAAAUUAUUUGGCCUUAAUACUGCUGCAUAACUGUAUACGGAACGCUUUUUCCCGGCAAUUAAAUUUCAUCAUAGUGACACUGGGUGAUAAUCCGUUAUACGGAUAUUAUGCCGCACUGCCGCAUUACGAUGUAGCUUUUGGCAUUGCCUCCCGAACGUAUCCGGAUGUGUUUCGCAAUUUCACCCGACAGGUCUUCCAUAAGCCGUACCUUCAGGAUUGUUUGGAUGCCGCGUCCGAAAUGUACGGUACAACUGGGGAGAUCUACGAUCUACUGCAAAAAACGGAUGGUUUUUCCAUUCUAAUGUCGCCAGGCUGCAGUCCGGAAAUGUUGGCCCUGGCGGAUUUCGCACGAGAGAUAAACGUGCCGUUAUUAGCCAGCACGUCCACCGAUGCGAAAUUUGUCAAUCGAAAGCGCUACCCAACCUUCCUAACCUUCGGCUCAACUAAUCAAGGCAGCCAAGCCCCGGCGACGAUUGCCUUCUUAAAAUACUAUAAAUGGAAUACUCUGACGUUAUUCUGCGAUGACCUUAGUAUGCAUCCGCCAGCGGGGGCCUUUUGGGAACGUAUUGCCGUUCCUUACGACCAAUUUGAAAGCUACGAUUCCAAAACCGAUCCCGGCUACGAAGCCCGGUUAUUGCGUGCCAAAUCACAAAGCCGCGUGAUCAUUAUUUUGACAAGAUCCGACGAGCUCCGUAAAAUAAUGGCUAUCGCGUACAAGCUGAACAUGACCAACAGUGAAUAUGUCUUUAUUAAUGCAAUUCCCAACCAAGGUCCGGAUUAUAUUCCUUUAGACGUCGAUAUGGGAACGCCUGAUGACAAGGUGGUUUUCGAAGCCUACAAAUAUUUAAUAGCCAUGACCUUUGUCCUUCCGCAAUACGACCGCAUACAAACUUAUAUGAAUGCUGUUACCAAGACCGCCGAAAAGCGGUACAAUAUGUCUUAUGAUUUUAAUGACGUGCACAACGAAAUUACCCAAGCAAUUCCAGAAAUGAUCUUCUCCAUAUCGAAGGCGUUAAACGAGUCAAGGACGCCGAUCAGCGAUAUUGACACCCGCGGAUUUCUUAAUCUGUUUUUGAAUCGGAGGUUUGAUAUCGGCGACUUCCGACCAGUUGUCAUCGGACCGGUUGGUAUGCGUUUGUGCGACACGUACUAUUCUCGACUAAACGUUACCAGCCGGCGCUUCGAGCUAGCCUGGCAUUAUAACGCCAGCACAACGGUCGUUUCGAAGCUGUCACCACUGGCCGAUGAAUGGAACGGAAAUUAUGCUCCACCGCUGAAUCUUCCGAUUUGUGGAUAUCGUAACGAUCGCUGCAACUUGGACACCGAUCUGAUGCCGAUAAUCGUUGGAGCGGUGUGUGGCGUCGUUGUUGUUGCUGUUUUGUCGAUCGGAAUUUCGAUAUACUGCAUCAAACGAUCAGCCAAUAUGGAUCAAUCCAACUGGUGGCUACUGGACGGGAAUUUAUUGGAAUUCCCAGCUGCGUCGUCGAAAACAGCUGGAGUCAUCGUCGGCAAAUACAAUAAUGAUGCUGUUUGGGCACGGCUAGUGUCGGACACCGGUAUUCGAGAAGACGAUCUUACAACGAAUACCGCCGUUAGGAAGCACUUUUCUCAAGCGAGAUUGCUGCACCACGAAAAUGUUGCACGGUUCACUGGAGUGGCAUUCCUGGAUAAAACGCUGUGUGUCUUAUGGGAAGGAGGACGCGGCACCCUGCGCUUAGUGUUCGCCCACGAGAGCAUUAUCUCCGACACCGCCAUACAGACAUAUUUUGUUUUCAACGUACUGACGGGGUUGCAUUACAUCCAUAGAAGCGCUUUCCGCAAACAUGGAAACCUUUCCAACUUGACUGUGAUACUUGAUAGUCGUUUUUCCGCGAAAAUCUGCGAUAUUGCCACUGCAAAAUUUCUUCGCAUAGCCACCAAGAAAGAUGUCUCGUUGGCCGACCCUGAUGUUGUUCUCGCGCCAGAAGCGCAAAAAAGCGCUGGUUUCCCAGAAUCUCAGGAAGCAGACGUGUACUCACUUGGAAUUAUUCUGUUUGAGAUAACUCGCGGUCAUGCCAUUAUUUCUGCAAAAGAAAUCCAAUUAGACAGGGUAAAGGCCACAACACCACUGCAAAAACAAAUUCGCCAGACGAUCGAGCAGUGCUGCGCCGUGGAACCGGCAUCGCGACCCAGUGUUAAAAAUAUCGUCAACAGUCUCAGUAAAUUCCAGCCCCGGGGAAAUGUGGUGGGCAGUCUGCUUGCUCGUCUGGAAAAGCAUGCCGAUCAUCUGGAGCAAACUGUCCUGCAUCGAACGGAAGAAUUAUUACUGGAGCGGAAGAAAGUCGACCUCCUCCUGGCCGAAAUCAUUCCUCCAUCGUUGGUUCCCGCUUUGAGAAACAAAGUCGUCGUUCCACCGGAAGCGUAUGAUUGCGUAACCUUGUACUUUAGCAGUAUGGUCGGAUUCGAUAUUUUCUGCAAAGCAAAAUCGCCGUUUGAAGUGUGUACCUUCCUGAACGAGCUGUACACCUUUGUUGACCAGCAAGUUGUCGCGUUUGAUGUGUACAAAGUGGAGACGAUCAAGGACGGAUAUGUCGUCGCUAGUGGUGUCCCCAUAAGGAAUGACAAACAGCAUUCCAGCGAGAUAGCCUCGUUAGCUUUGCGGGUUUUGAGGAACUGUUCGGCUGACAACCUGAAAACAUACUUGCCCAUCAGGAUAGGCAUUCAUAGCGGACCAGUGGCUGCUGGUUUCGUCGGGCUGCUGAUGCCGCGCUAUUGCAUAUUCGGUGAUACAAUCAAUACGGCUAGCCGCAUGGAAAGCCAUGGAGAAGCAAGUAUGAUCCAUGUCAGCCCUGAUACAAAACAAUUGUUGGAGAACAGUCCGGAUUAUUUUUUACAACCACGAGGAUUAAUUAAUGUUAAGGGAAAAGGUUGGAUUGAUACGUACUGGCUCAAGCCACCAGAAGGCGCAACUGAGUAGUUACUACUGCACAUCUUCCUCUACUACUCGUAGAAAUUUUGUUUUUGAAUAAGCGACUGACUAAAACGAGGGAUGCCGGAAAAUAAGCAAUCGGUUUCGCAAAAUAUUGAAGUUGUUAAAAGCAUUACCGAAUC